AUGGCUUGUGCUUACUCCACCUCCAACCAACCCUCUGAUUCUCUCCGCCUCAUUCAGUCUGCAAUGUACUCUGGUUUCGCCCUCAAUUUAGACGCUCUCACCAUCACAUUCUCCACCUGUUGCAAGCUUGGGAGAUUGAAUACAUUUAUGGAGGUUCAUGUGUUUGUUAUUAAAGGAGGAUAUGAGAUUGACCUAUUUGUAAGUACUGAACUAAUUGGAGUUUAUGGGGAUAAGUGUGAAUUAUCACUUGCCCACAGACUGUUCAAUAAAAUUCCUGUUAGAAAUGUUGUUGCUUGGAAUGUGAUUGUUCAGCAGUACAUUAAACAUGGUUUUCAUGAAAAGGCUGAGGAAUUGUUUGGAGAUAUGAUGGAUAUGCAUGUGGUUUCUUGGAAUACCAUGAUUUCGGGGUUUUGUCGAGCUGGGUUGUAUGCAAAGGCUGUAGCUUUGUUUCAUGAGAUGAAGUUAUCAAAAAUGAAGCCUAAUGAAGUUACAAUGCGUAUAGUUCUUUCAGCUUGUUCUGAGUUGGGUGCUUUAGAUAUGGGCAUAUGGGUCUCCAUGUGUACAUAUCUAGCCGAGAUGUUCCUGCAGUGA